UUCCCAUUGCCAACCCACUUGCUCAUUUACACUUUCAUUCCCUCUUCUGCUUUCUGCCCUCCCCAUCCUCACUCUCUCCCUCUUCGUUCUCUCUCUCUCUCUCUAGAAAAUUACAAUGGAGGCAAUGAAGGUGAAGCUUUUUGUAGCUGUGGUGAUGAUGGUGGUGGCGGUAUCGGCAGUCCAGAACGUGGGAGCAGCACCUACCCCUGCGCACGCGCCCGCACCCAGUCCCGUUUCGGACGCCGGUGUCUUUGUGCCCACAGCUUUUGCUUCUCUUGUAGCCCUUGCGUUUGGCCUUCUAUUCUGAUUUACUCUCUCUCUCUCUCUCAAAUUUAUUUGUUCUUAUGUAGAGGUUUGUGUCUCAAUCUUCUUCUCUGUCCGAAAUGGGUUUGUGGGGUAUGGGGAAAGAGGAGGGGUAUUGGGGCUUCUUUGAUUGGGGCUUUCAGUUGUCAUUCUUUUAUGUUUGUUAAUUGUUUUUGUGAAUGCUUUGUACUGAAGAUAUUCACAUUUUGUCA